AUGACCCCCCCCUUGUCCCGUGUUUCCCCCACCCAGGUCUCCCUCUCCCACGCCCCCCCCGAGCUGGGUUUCUCCCUCCGCCGCUGCUUCGUGUCCCCACGUUCCGCUCCGGGUCCCCCCGCUCCCGGAUCCGGCCCGGCCCCACGGCCACUCGUGGUGUUACGGGGGGGUUGCGCGACGCGGGGGGAGGCGGCGGCGGAGGGGCCGGGGGGAGCCCCGGGGGGGGCGCGGCGGAGGCUGCUCCUCUCCUUCCUCCUGCCCCCCCGUUUUCCCGAACCGCUGCAGUUCCUGCACUGCCGCCUCCGCCUCUGCCGCGCCGGGGGGGCCCGAGGCCACGGGGAUGGGCUGCCGCCGUGCCGGGCGGAGCCUUGUCCCCGUCGGGGGGGCGGGGUCUCCGGGCCAGGCUCCGCCCCACGGCCCCGCCCACGGCCCCACCCCGGCCCCGCCCGCGGCCGCUCCAUCCGCACCGUCACCCGCCCCAUCGUGGUGACGCUCGGGCCCGUCGGCACCGCCGCGCCAGGUGCCCCCCCGGUGCCGUUCCCGCCGCCCCCCCCCGUUCUGCGAUUCCCCCCGCCCCCCCCACGGGACCGGCCGCGGACCCCCCCCACGGAUCCCGCCGUGCCCCCCGCGGCCGUGGCCGCUGUUUCCUUCGGGGCCUUCGUGGUGGGGGCGGCCCUGGCGGGGGGGCUCUGGUUCGUCCACGGCCGCACAGCUGCCCCCCGGCCCCCCCCGGCCCCCCCCAGCUCCAGUGCUGCCCCCCAGCCCGGGGGGGGGCAGGUAGGGGAGGGGCUGGGUGAUACUGGGAGCACUGGGAGGGGGGUAUAA